CAUCCUAUAAAAAUAAGAAAGCAACCAUGAUAUGUUCUCAUAACCAGGUUCACGUCUGUUUCUUCUUCCCUGUCCUUUGCAACGCUCUCUGUUUCAAACCAACUCCAUAAUCUCCUUCUCAUUUUCAUUCUCAUUCUCAUUCCCUACUCCAAUGGCAGAAACCAAAUCCAAGAUUCUCAUUGUCGGAAGCACCGGCUUCAUUGGAAAACACCUCGUCGAAGCCAGCGCGAAAGCCGGUCACCCAACCUUUGCUCUGGUUCGAGAACCCACUCUCUCUAACCCAGCCAAGUCCAAGAUCAUCCAAAGUUUCAAGGCUUUGGGCGUCAACUUCGUCUUGGGUGAUCUCUAUGACCACGACAGCCUUGUGAAGGCGAUAAAACAGGUCGAUGUGGUGAUUUCAACAGUGUACCACUCCCAAUUAGCAGAUCAACGCAAGAUUAUAACUGCAAUUAAAGAAGCUGGCAAUGUCAAGAGAUUUUUCCCUUCCGAGUUUGGCAACGAUGUCGAUCGAGCUCAUGCUGUUGAGCCAGCGAAAACAACGUAUGCUGUGAAAGCUGACUUUCGCAGAGAAGUUGAGGCAUCGGGGAUUCCGUACACCUAUAUCGUUGGCAAUUUCUUUUCCGGCUACUUCUUGCCCACUUUGAAUCAGCCUGGAGCCACUGCCCCUCCAAGGGAUAAAAUCGUGGUUUUAGGGGAUGGAAACACCAAAGCUAUCUUUAACAAGGAACAGGACGUUAGUACCUAUACUAUUAAGGCUGUGGAUGAUCCGAGAACCUUAAACAAGAUCCUCUACAUCAUGCCCCCGGGCAACACCGUCUCCUUCAACGAAAUUGUAUCUCUCUGGGAGAAGAAGAUUGGCAAGACCCUUGAGAAGAUACAUGUUCCGGAAGAACAGCUCCUCAAGAAGAUUCAAGAGGCUGUGGAACCAAUCAAAUCGCUACUGUGUUAUGGUUACUCAGUCUUCGUGAAGGGAGACCAUACUAACUUUGAGGUCGAGCCCACAUUCGGAGUAGAAGCUACUGAACUUUACCCUGAUGUCAAAUACACUUCAGUGGACGAGUACCUCAACCAGUUUGUCUAAGUUCGAGACUGGAUGCCUCAUGUUGUUGGUCUCUUUGAGUAACUAGCACCUUCUUUGAAAAUAAUUAGGCUGCCGAUGUGUCACAUGAAUUAUCCAUGCAUGCUGUGUAUGAACUUAGAUCUUUGUCGAACUCUCCUACGUACCUUUGGUAAACCUAAUAUUGGAAUACACUAUUGUAUCUUCUGCCCAA